UUUCGACGUGUUUUUCCAACUCGCGGUGCUCGUUGCAUUUUCGGUCUGACUCGUUGCGAUGAUCUCCCUGGCACAUGUCAAGUCGAGCCAAGCGAACGAUGCAGCGGCGGCCGCUGCGAGAAGGAUAGCAUGGCCGGGAGGAAACAUCACGUCGAACAAGGAAGAAGCACUACAGAAGUUCCUUGAGCGGAAGAAGGCGGCGGAGGACCGCGCCGCGGGUAUCACGACCCCCACUGCGCAACAGUCGUCACGGGUCCGCUCGACGAAACACCCGCAUUCCCCGUCCAAGGUCGAGAAAGCACGGUCACAUGCAGGACACGGCGCGAGAAAAGCAGGCGGUGACAAGCCGCAACUGUUCAAGAAGCGACACCUCGUGCACAAGCAACCCAAGUUUGUCAAGCGCGCGGGGAAGAACCAACACACCCACCGCCAUGAAGACACGCCAACGAAAGGAUUACCCACGACCACAAAGCUUUCCAUGUCGUUGGACGACAUUGUGAAGAAGCAGAAGUAGCGUCACGACUACCAUGUAUGCCCAGCAUCCAGAACUUCCUUCCCAUUAGCCUGCUUUGUUUCAUGUAGUAAACUCUUCACAUAUCCGCCAAAUGAAGUAGGAUGGAAUCCCUAUUGUAACAGAAUUACACUGUUAAUUCAAGAACCCCGAAACCCCGGGAAUGCAUGUAGUAAAAGCA